GCUCUUGUAUCUCGUGUAACAUGAAAUGGUAUAAACAGUAUACGACAUUCAUAAAUCUUAAGUAAAUCAUUCGAUAAUAUAAAUGGAAGAAGUGUUUUUCCUGAUAUCAAGUAAAACCCGACGUAAAAAUGAGUGCACAAAUUAAUACAAAUACUGUAGAGUCAAGAAAAAUGAAUGAAGAAACUUCAACAAGACGGGCUAUAUUAACAGUUACUUUGAUAUUCAUUGCGUCACUAACUGCUCUAUCUUAUGUCUAUAUGAGUUUUCCAGAAUUAGCAGAAGAAGAGAAGGAAUAUAUGAAAUUACCCUUUCAUAUAGAAGAUGCAAAAAAUCUUGGAAAAUUAUUAGGAAGAUAUAAGGAUUUAUAUUAUUUUGAAGUAUUGGCAGGUCUAUUCGUUACUUAUAUAUUUUUGCAAACAUUUGCAAUUCCUGGAUCUAUUUUUUUAUCGAUAUUAUCUGGAUUCUUAUUCAGAUUUCCUAUAGCACUUUUACUAGUAUGUACAUGCAGUGCAGUUGGUGCAACACUUUGUUAUCUUCUGUCAUCAUUAUUAGGAAGAAAGUUAUUAUAUAAAUAUUUCCCAGAAAAAGCUAAUGAAUGGACAGUGAUGGUAGCUAAGCAUAGAGAUCAUCUUUUAAAUUAUAUGUUAUUUCUUCGAAUGACACCACUCUUACCUAAUUGGUUCAUAAAUUUAGCUAGCCCUGUAAUAGGAGUCCCUAUAAUACCUUUCACAGUGGGUACAUUUUUUGGUGUUGCACCACCAUCAUUUGUCGCAAUACAAGCAGGACAAACAUUACAUAAUUUAACUUCGUCUAGUGAUGCAUGGUCCUGGAAUAGUAUGAUAAUUUUGUGUAUCUUUGCAAUGCUUUCUCUAGUACCUGUGUUAUACAAACAAAAGCUUAAAGAAAAGUUUGAAUAAAUUGGUAGUGAUAAUUAUUUAUAUUGUGACAUUCCCCAGGAUUGCUUGCUGGAGAUGCAUUUUAUGUUCCUAUAUAGGAAUAUAUCAUAUUAAUAAAGUAAUUAUUAAGAAA